CCGCAAUAAACACCACGACCCGAUACAUCAGUCGUCUGGAGGACUUUCGCAAUGUCUGGCAAUCAAAACACCCACGAUGGUCUCGACCAGAAGCAGGACAAGCUUGAGGCUCAAAUCAAGUCUGUGGAUAUGAGCGACGACAUGCAGAAUGAAGCGAUCGAAGUUGCUCAGGAGGCCAUGGACAAGUACUCGAUCGAGAAGGAAAUUGCGCACCACAUCAAGAAGACUUUCGAUGAGCGCAAGGGAGCCACAUGGCACUGCAUUGUCGGCCGCAACUUCGGCAGCUUCGUCACUCACGAGACGAAGCACUUCAUCUACUUCUACUUGGGACACUGCGCCAUUCUGCUUUUCAAGACCCAGUAGAGAAGUCGACGACGACGACUACGACGAGUUCAGCCUCGCAAUACAAGACACCUUGCAAACGCAGACUACAAGAACAAAUUUCAGCCGCCAUUUAAAGGCCUCCGUUUCUGCGAGCGUUUCGAUCCAUUCUGCUCAGUCGUCAACGUUUACGCCUACGAUCUCAGCGCACGCUUCAUUUUGAACAUCAUGGAUUUGCGCUCGCGGUCAUCAGUGAUGCUGCCUAUGGUAUCAAAGCGAGCAAAGCCGGAAUCAUUUACCCGUUUGGCAAUAGUCGGAACUAAAUGAGCCUCACAU